CUCCGACACGGUGGACCAGAUGCUGGGGAACGCUUUUUGCUGGAAUCGAACGGACUACGUGAGAAUUCAGGCAAACGGCUUGGUGGAAGAAGGGGAGGUGUUAAAGGAGAGGGCAGUGGAAACGCUGCCGUUUGGCGGGAAGCGGUUACUAACGGAGAGUAACGGACAGAGAAUCGAGAGCUUCGUGCAACGGCUGGUGGCGUCAGGGCGGAGCAGUCUGCCGCCGAGUCCAUGCAAAAACCCGGCCGCCGUCAGCCCACUCGCAGCCCGUUAGGUUCUAAUUUUAUAAAUAUAUUUUUUUCUUUUUUUUUUUGUUGGGAGGAAAAAGUUAUUGUUGUUAUUAUUUUAUUUGAUCUUUUAAUUUUAACGUGUAACCAAUCUCAGGUUCACAUUUUAACCCGUCUUCUUUUGAGUUAGUAGCAGCUAAUUGAAGUUACUGUCUGUGUUAAA